ACGAGGCGGGCCGGUCCGGGGGCGGCGCGCACGGGACACCCGCGGCGGGGAGCGGGCGGCCUCAGGCUCGGAGCGAGGCGGCGGCGGCCGUGCGCGCCAUGGACUCGGUCCCCGAGGGGUACGAGCUCAACGGUGACCUGCGGCCGGACUCGCCCGGCGCCCGGGAUGCCCCGCCCACGCGCUGGGGCAGGAAUAGGCUCAUCAACGUGAACCACUACGCCAACAAGAAGAGCGCCGCCGAGAGCAUGCUGGACAUCGCCCUGCUGAUGGCCAACGCCUCGCAGCUGAAGGCCGUCAUCGACCAGGGCCCCGGCUUCGGCUUCUACGUGCCCCUGGUGGCCCUCAUCACCAUCUCCCUGGUGCUGCAGAUCAGCGUGGGCGUGCUGCUCAUCUUCCUGGUCAGGUACGACCUCAACAACCCAGCCAAGCACGCCAAACUGGACUUCCUCAACAACCUGGCCACUGGCCUCGUCUUCAUCAUCGUUGUGGUGAACAUCUUCAUCACGGCCUUCGGUGUCCAGAAGCCUGUGGUGGACCUGGCGCCCGGCAGUAGGCUCUGAUGCCCGCCUGUGCCACCACAGCCUCACAGACCCCAGGAGCUGCCUCGGCCGCGGGCCCCGGCCUGGGCGCUGCACCCCUGCGAACGCCAGAGCCAGGACUGGGCUGGAGGACACUCGCCAGUGAGGCCUGCUCCAUCCGUGGCUCCUCCCCCUGAAGCAGGGGCAGCGAGGCCAGAGGCGGAACUGGACCCCCAAGGAGGGCCAUGUGGACAGACACGCAGCAGGCCCGAGGGUGGCGGGAGGGGCCAGGGCCAGCCUUAGUCUUGAGACAUUUCCAGAAGGACAAAGAGAUGCCCCCUCAGCCAACACACCGCUGGGAGCUCGUGGCCCCUGCCCUUCCUGCCCCGGAGCCUGGACCAGCAGCUUCCCCGGGCCCGCCGUAUGCCCACCUCCCCCAGCCCCGCUUCUCUAAGCACAAACGACCAAUAAAAUGAUUGCUCCUCCCGUGUGGCUUCCAGCACAGCUCCCUCCUGGCUCGGCAGCCUGUGCCGGCCUCUCCGCCAGGCAGCCACGGCCUGGUUCACUCCUCACGUGCCUUCUCCAGGCUGGGAGCUUGGCGGCUCCUUGGCGCCUGGCAUCUCCAGGCAGGUUUCCCGGUGGAGACCAGAGUCUCAGGUCUCCAGUGCCCCAGGGUCUUCUUUUCACAGAAUGGGUCGAAGAGCUCCCGUAGCCCAGGCCCAAGGCCGUGGCCCAGGCCACUGCGGUCAUCGUCCGCUCUGUUGGGAGCCUCCCCGGUGCUCCCCAUCUGGCGGGGCCCCGUGAGGGAUGCGCACCCUGUGCCGACUCCACAGCGUCCCUGCAGCCGGCCGUGGCUCGGUGGCCGGAGUGCGGUCCCGAUAGGACGAGCUGCGGCUGGAUUGGGUCAGGGCACCUGCCCGGGUUGCAGAUUCAAUCCCAGUUGGGGCGAGUACGGGAAGCAACUGAUGUGUUUGUUCUCUCUCUUUCUCUCUCUCUCUUUAUCUCUCUCUCCCUCUCUCUGAAAUCAAUAAACAUGUAUCCUCUGGCGAGAAUUCAAAAAAAUAAAAGAUGCUUCAGUUGUAA